CUUGCGAAAUACAUUUUUCGGUGUACAAACAAAAAGUCAUUUGGACCAAAUGGUGCGAAAGUAAAAAAUCCAUCUCAAGUUCGCCCAAGGUUCAUUUUCACCACUCGUGACCCAAAUAACUAUUGUACAUUUUGAAAUAAUCUCCAGCCGUACCUACUACUUGCAAUCAGUUUAAUUGUGACCGUCCACCUUCUCUGAGUGUUUAGAAGAGCGCAGAGCGCACAAUAUUAAUCGGAAACAUGAAUUCCAAAUUCAAUCUAAUUUUUGUUUGUUUUCUCAUUAAUUUGAUUAAUGUUUGCAUUGUGUCUACGGUGAAUACUAAGCUAUUAGACAGUCUGGCUUAUUAUAACGAGAGUAGCAUAAGCAAAUUGAGUCCAAGGGACAGAUUCAAUCUCCAUCAUGCUUUUGUUGUUGAAGACAAUAAAUGGAAAAAUGGUCGAAUCGGUUAUCAAAUUGACGAAAAUUUUAACGACGAUGAGAAGCGCAAAAUAUUUUUAGCGAUGACAGAGAUUGAAGUGUCCAGUUGUAUACGCUUCGUACGUCAUGAUCCAAGCCAUAACUUUUCCGAUUAUGUGAUGAUAAUGAAAGAUUACACAGACAGAUCGUCUUCUUCGUCGGAUCUUGGUUGUCUCCAUCUGGAAAAACAGUUUCUAUGGCUUGGCGUUGACAUGCUUUAUGAUGUCGACAUCCAUGAUACAAUACUCCAUGAACUCCUUCAUACAAUUGGAUUUGAUCAUCAUCAUCAGCGUUCCGACCGAGACACAUACAUCGCAAUUCAUUUAGAAAAUACAAACUUAAGCGAUGCCGACAUUUUAGCUGACUACGCGAAACACAUCAAGUUCAAUCCAUGGUUGAAAUAUGUAACUCCCUUCGACUUUGAUUCGGUCAUGUUGUAUGAAGCAUAUUCGGACAGUGUUAACGAUAAGGCGGUCAUAACUUCGAAAAUUAACGGUAAAAAAGUGCCGGUAUAUCGAGAACAGGGCCUGUCGAAGAACGAUAAGAUUCUGUUGAAUCGAUUUUAUGAAUGUGACGGAACUGAUAGUCGUCAUCCGAGGAUGAUAAGUUAUAAGGACAUGCACAACUACCGAAUGUCUAGUCUAAUUAAAGAAGAAUGGGGCCUGUAGAUGUGAGGAGGAUGGCGGCGCCAUUCAUACAAUGUGUCAUAUUGCUAGUAUAUAUUUUGCAAAUUCAGAAAUGAAUAUUUGAGGUAGUGCUAUCGGCAAACGAUACACAUCAGACUGUAUGUACAACGAAUUAUUGUUGUUACAUAGCUGAGUUCGUUGUCGUUCAAGUUUUCCUUUAAGAAGCAUCCUUAAUCGAAUUAUUAUGACAAUGAAGACUUGUCGACAACGAAAUAUUUAUGUGAAACUAUAGUUUUAAGAAAAAAAUUCAAAGUUUUGACUGGAGUCCUUACCUACACAUUCGAUUAUUUUGGGAAUGUAGAUUUUUUUAUAUUAAAAAAAAUGUGAAAUAU